CUUUGUACACAUACAGUCUUAUUUAAUAGAAUUCGCUAAACAGAUGAAUAGUUAUACAGUGCAUAAGGAUUUAUGUAGGCUCUAUGUAACGUUGCGUAAAUUCCUAUUUAUAAACAGUUCUGCUAUACAUUUUAGUUAUACAAUGCUUAUGUCAAAAAAAGUACCAAAAUGGAGCAAUCUAUUCCAUUUAUCUGUCUAUCAAAUCAGCUGUUUGUCAUAACAAACAAAAUAUAGAAAUUUGUGUUGUGCUUUUGUUGAAAAUGAAAUCGAAAACAAAAAGGUCUCGUACCCCGAAUUGGGAUUCGUCCGAUAAAAUACUCCUUCGACAGCUAAUAGAGGACAAAAUUCAAAUAAUCGAAAACAAAAAUGUUGACACCAACACAUCCCACAUGAAACGAGAUGCCUGGCGUGAAAUAACCGAUAGUUUCAACAGUUUAAGCGCAACAAUGAGGGAAACAUCUCAAAUUCAGGCUCAAUGGCGAGGAACUAAAAUGAAGGCCAAAGCAGAGAUGUCGGCCUUCCAAAGAAACCUGAGGGCAACAGGUGGUGGACCACCUCCCAAGUCACCUGAGCCUGAGAACAUCAAAUUGAUGGCACUUAUCCCCCAUGAAUUUGAGGUGGAUACAAAUGAGUUCGAUUGCGAUACUGAGAUGAUAAAAGAAAACGUAACUUCAGUGGUUGUAGACAAUGAGUAUGAAGAUGUUUUUUUUGUGGAGGAUGAAUCCCCAAGGAAAUAUAUGCCAUCAACUUCUUCACCAAAAGUACAUGCCCCAUCACCACCAAUACCAUCACCAAAACCGCCACCACCUGCACCUCCACCUUUGGAUGCUUUUUGUAAAAAGAAGUCAGCAUCAUUUAAACGAAAGAUUAAUUGCAAAGAUGGCGAACUCCUCAAAAAAGAAUUGUUUCAGUUCGCUAUGGCAAAUCGGAGAGCCGAAAAAGAGUUUAUGCAGCUUGAGCACCAAGAAAAAAUGAAAGGCAUUAUAAUGGAGCGGGAGAUAAAAUUAAAAACUUUAAAUAUGGAACAUGCGGAAAGGGAGAAGAUGCUUGAGAUGGAAAGGAGACACAAAGAAGAAAUGCACCAGCUCAAAAUGAGAAAAUUGGAAGAGCACUUUUCUCUGUAGUGAUAUUUUUGUAUUCGUGAAUUUGUUUUUGUUUUUUAUAAGUGUUCUUUUUGUUUCAUGUUUUUCUUUAGUUUUGUAAGUAACGUUAAUGUUUUCAAUAGUUUUAAGUUUCUUUUUUUUUCAUGUUUUUCUUUAGUUUUGUAAGUAACGUUAAUGUUUUGAAUAGUUUUAAGUUUCUUUUUUUUUCAUGUUUUUCUUUAGUUUUGUAAGUAACGUUAAUGUUUUCAAUAGUUUUAAGUGUUCUUUUUGUUUCAUG